CACAGUUGCAUUUUCUCCUUCUUUAUAAACCGCUGAACUGAUAACAUGCUACCACUCACUUGUUUCUGCACUCAGCCGGCCUUUGUGCGAGAUACUUUCAAAUGACAUUCCUGGUAUUGAUUUUGUACCCCGUCAAUGCUGAGUCAACAGGCCCCAAUUGUUGAAAACAGUGGUUCAAAUCAUUCUCCCCUGAUAUCAGCAUUUGGCCGCGUCUUACUUUGCACGUGUCUAGACUUGUGUUUGAUUGAGAAAUCAGGAUACUUCGUUUUUGAGGUUCAGUUAUUAAGACCGAACCUCAUUUUUUCUGGCUGUUGUUUUGUUAUUGCGACUGGCUAUAUCGCGCAAGUGAGAGAUCAUAGAGUGGUGGAUAAUUAGUCAAUUGAAUCGUUUAGGAAGGCCUUCGAAUUGCAAGAAAUAGUAAUCUCAAAACAAUAUAAUUUCCUAGUGUCGAGAAUGAAUUGAACAAUGUAGCUUAAGG